AUGGAUCGAUAGAUCGUAUGCUUAACGAUUUAAAAUAAGUGUCUAAAAAUAAGUGGACUUGGUUCAGCCCUGGGGGUUACAGGAAGUUGUCGCUGCCAUGUUUAGCUGCUUUGUUGUAGAUUCCUUGUAGGCUUCCUGCAGAUUUUAGCAUAAGUGUUGCAAUGGAACCGAGCUGGAGUACGUUUUUAUUCCAACAGGCCAAUGAGGCCCUACAUCACCAGCACCAAGUAGGUGGAAACAGCCUCUUGCCUUUGCUCAAUUCUGGGUCAGAGCCACCUGAUCAGAAACCAGUGCUCCCUAUCCCCUUGGACCAGAAACCACCUGUCACUGCUGCAGAACUUCUCAAAGACAAUAUCACCAGUGGGAUUGGGGGAGGAACUAGUGGAGGGCCACCAGUUGUUGUGGUCAAAAAGGAGGCAAAAUCAAAAACACCAUUCAUCUGUGGCUACUGCAACAAGGCUUUCCGGGACAGCUACCACUUGCGACGGCAUGAGUCUUGUCACACUGGUAUUAAGAUGGUUUCACGACCUAAGAAGACACAAACAGCCCCUACAAUGGUGCCGCUUAUAUCUACUGUACCACGUGAAAAUAGUGGAAAUCCUUCAUACAUUACUACUGUAGCUGGUAUCCUGACUACAGCCACGACGUCAACAUCCACAGGCACUAGCAUCAUGACCCCAAUGCAACACCAACAGCAGCAGACCAUCCCUAAGAAGCCUCCCAAACAGGUGAAAAAGAAUCAUGGCUGUGACAUGUGCGGUAAGGCCUUCAGAGAUGUGUACCAUCUGAACCGCCACAAGCUGUCACACUCUGAUGAAAAGCCGUUUGAGUGUCCCAUCUGCCAACAGAGGUUCAAGAGGAAGGAUCGCAUGACAUACCAUGUCCGCUCCCAUGAUGGUGGAGUUCACAAGCCUUACAUCUGCUCUGUCUGUGGGAAGGGCUUCUCCAGACCUGAUCACCUAAGCUGUCAUGUCAAGCAUGUCCAUUCCUCCGAGAGGCCAUUUAAGUGCCAAGUUACGGCCUGUACCUCUGCUUUUGCUACCAAAGACCGUCUGCGCUCCCACAUGAUCAGGCAUGAAGGCAAAGUGACCUGCAACAUCUGUGGCAAAAUGCUAAGUGCUGCCUACAUUACAAGUCAUCUGAAGACACAUGGCCAGGCCAGCUUCAACAACCCGUGUAACAAUAAAGGCAUAAGUGACUGGCAGUGGAACCACUCAGGGCCACGAAAAGGUGAGUUGACGGUAGGAGAGAUUUUAAAUAACUCCUUCCAAGUCCUAAUUGACAACUCUCACAAAGAUACCAACAACGUGCACAACUCGGCCACUGCAACACCAGUAACCAACUCCGCAGCCAUCACCUCCACUGUGAACCGCAGUGGCAAUGCCAGCAAUCCUGUCACCAUCGCUGCUCAGAUGAACAUUGCCACCAGCACAGUCAACAUUACAUCACCAGUUAACCUGCAGCACCCUGUCACCAUCACUGGCCCUGUCAACCUGGCCUCUGUCAACAUCCCUACAACAGCACACAUGAAUAUUGCCCACCCAGUAGCUAUCACGACUCCCAUGCCUAUGAAUAUCACUGGGCCACUCAACAUUGCCAUGAGGCCGAUGGAGAGCAUGCCUUUUCUAUCACAGGUUCUGCCAUCCUCCCCUCCUUGGUAGAGCUUUUUAAGCUGAUGUAACAGCCAAUAAUGUUUUAACUGCCUAAUAACAGCUGGGGCCAUCAAAUCUUAGAAAAGGCCCUUGUAAGUGGGUUGAUACUGUGUCAUACUUGAAAAAGCGAACUACUUUCAUACAGCCAUGUAGAUAGUAACCAAUGAUGUUACUUGCAGGAGUCAUCAUUACAGCAUAAUUGGACAAUUAAAAUUUUUAUUUAUAGUAGAUCUAUGUUUUAAUACCCCAAAUCAUAAUAAGAAAUUAAUUGGUUUUCUUACCCUUACUCGUUGAUGAGCACUAGCAUUAAUGUAGCAUAUGAGAUAAAGUUUGCUACCUUUGGAGGGUUUGUGAGAAGAGUGGUCCACUGUAUGGAUGGGCAGUAUCAGUAUACUCUUCUAUCAUAGUAUUUUUUUUUUUUAACUUCACAUAUUGUAAUAUAGGAAAUAAAAAUAAAUUUAAUGGAGCACUGUUUUACUGAUUUAGAAUUUCAGUUUGGGCUAACCCAGUGAAUUAACUACCUGAAAAAUCUGCCUUUGCCUCUGACCAUUAGAUGGCAGCCCUCCCUGAGACUGGUUCUGCUGGAGGUUUCUUCCAGGGAAAGAGUAUUUAUCUUCCCACUGUCACCAAGUGCUGCUCAAAGAGAAUCAUUUGAUUUGUUGGGUUUCUCUCAACAAUAUAAUAUUGUAAGGCCUUGACCUUGCUAUGUGAACUACCCUGAGAUUACUUGAAUUUACCAUAUCUAAAUAAAAUGGAAUUUUAACAACCAAGGUACAUCAUCAUAUUGAGCAAAAAAUAUAUAUCUGUAAUUUCAAUAAUACCUACUAAUUUUCUACUGGUUUUUAAUUGAAAUUGGGAAAAAGAAAAAAAAGUAUUUCUGAUUGCGUUUCAGAGCACAGAUCCAGUGUCCACAAACUGUUUGACUAAGAAGAAAGUCAUGACUUUAAGUUACCUUUUUCAUCGCUAUUAACCACAUUUCUCAGUCAUUGUUUGCAGGUGAAAGUUGGCCAUUGGUGACAGGAAACUGCAUGUUUCUAAUGUCACAAUGAACUUUUAGGCUUAGAUAAACUGCAGUUUGUUGUUUUCACUUGACGGCUUAAAUUAGUGAUGUCAAAGGCUGCAGAACACCAGCCUUCUACCUGCUAACGUGACAUGACCCUAUAAUGUGGUGUAGGUGGAAAUUACAAUAAUGAUCAGUUUAAGCCAAAGAUUUUGUAUUGCGUUGGAUCGUGAAUGGCCUAUUUUGAAAGACAAGGGGCAUACGUUCAAACAGCAUUUAGACCGUCAAGGGACUGCAUUCGCAAUUGAUGACAACAUGCCCUGGUGUUUGCCUAGUUACACUCAAAUAUUUCUCAUUUUAUUGAAAAACAAAUGCUACUUUUUGCAUAAUUUUAAUAUCUGAUAGUGUGUAUAUUAAUGUUAAAUUGCCCAGUUAAUUGCUUGCAUUACUGGUGGUUCAUCCCAUGAACAGAUUACAUUAUACUUUCAAACAGAAGAGAAAUUUCUUCUACUUCGUUUCAUGUUAUUUAAAAUUAUUGGGCAGUUAUUACAUUUCCAGCUGCUGCAUGUUUUUUUGUGUGUGGUCAUCCCUUGCUUACCUCUUUUAUAGAGUUUAGGAAUUUAUUUUACUAUGACAAAUAACUGACAGUGAGCCAACUCAUUACAGGAAGGCAUACCAUUUCAAGGCCUUUUUUUCAAGGCCUUUGAUUUAUAUUUAUCCCCAAAAAACGCUGUUAGUCUGGUAAAAGUGACCAGUUGAAAAUAAUUUGUUCAACUGGGAAUCUGACUUGAAACAUGGAUGAUGUGUGAUACAUUGCUGUUUUUUUGCAUUGUCUAACAGCUCCUUAAACUUAUUUGUAUUGACAGUUGUUCUUAAAUGCUUCCCCUUAGGUAAAGUUUGUUUGUUUUUUUCCCCAUCAUUUUAGUGGACACUGAUCAGUAUUUAAUAGUUGACGUUUUUGAAAUAAAUGAAACAAAAAACAAAAGCAUAGCUUCGAUCUGGGGGGAGGAUGAGUAAUGCUGUGGAUUUUACUGAAGGUUCAGAGGUUGUUUAGAUCAAUAAACUAUCAACUUCCCCCAUUUCUGUAUUUUAAAGUUUCUGGAAACCAGUCACUCCUCACUGCUGGACACUCCACAAAUUUUUCUAUAACAUCAGUUUGGGAAUUUUUGUCUGUACUUACAUCAGGACUUGACAGUUGAAGGUUCAGCAAAGAGGAAAUCUGUUGUACUGAAAACAUGUCCCCUGGGUGUUGCCCUCAGAAUGGCAGUAUUAUUAAAGGCCAGUUGUCAACAUUUAGAUUACUGAGGAUUUUCUAACUGUAGAGGUCAAGAAAGCUAUCAGUCCCAAAAGUAACAUUUUGGUGUGUUCAGUCAGUAGAUGCUUUACUUUAGCACAUCUAGGAUUCCAUCACUGUCAGUCUAACUCAGGAAGGUUACUGAGAAUAGUCUUUUAAAGCGAUGUUCAACAUUUGACACACUGACCAUUUUUUGUAAAUAUUAAACACUAUUUUAUUGCCUUUAUCUGUGGGAGAGGACCCCUUCCACAGGGUAGCAAUGCAGGAAUUAUAUCACUACUGAUGUGACCGUCCAUCCCGAAGACGAGAGAAAUAAGCAGAGACUAAAACAUAAGACUGGUGUCUCUCGUUAUUGUCAACAAGCCCAAAAACAACAAUUAAUCCUCCUAAAAAAUGUUAUCUGUGUUGCUUCAGCUAGAUAUAGCUUAAUACUUUUAGGAGCCAGUAUACUGAAUUUGCUGACAUAAAUUUUAACUGAAAUAUAUGCUAUGGGUAGUUUAUUUAACUCAGAUUUUCAAACUAGUAAUGGAGUGAAAUCUUACAAUUUGCAUGCCAUCUUCUACACAUGGUGCUCCUCACCAGAGACUUCAUAUGAAUCGGCUCAACUCUUUUCAACUAAGCACUUUUCAGGUUAUUCGCAGUGGAGGAACAUACCACCCAAUGCAGCAGCAAGGAGACUCUUCAUGAGUUCUGUGGUACAGUGGUGCAAAUCAAACUGCAGCUUCACAGAUCAUACCUGUCAGCAGGACAACCUUGUUAUGACUUAAUAGUUUCUUCAGGGAAACUAUUAGUUACUAUAAAGAGAAGAGACAAACUCCAGCCUUUUUUCUUUUGAGCUAAAUUUUCUCUGUAGGUCUCACUUGCAUAGCAUGGGGUGUUGUUUGUUUUUAAUUGUUGGAUUUUUUAAAUUAUUAUUUUUUUUUCCUAGUAGUUUACCUUUAUUGUAAGAUUGAGGCUGUGACCACAAAAGAAACUUCAUUUUCCCACUCAAAGCCCAGGUGUAGUUGAAUGAGCAGGUCAUAAGAUGGGAGCAGCAUUGCUGAUGUUGCAAAGCAACACAGGCGUUGACAGUUCAUAGCCAUGUGUAGCCACUGUUUGGUUCAUCCCACAGUUCUCUCUUUAAGGCUAUUUGCAAAGAUUUUGCUACAUAAAAUACUGAGUUCAGUAAUUCCGUGAUAAUUGAUUUAACUCCAUCGUCCACUCACCAAGGACGGCAAAAAAAUUGCAGCAAAAGAAUAUCUUAUAACAGCUUUACUUAGUCACCGCUAUGGGAAUUACGAUGUGACUGAAGUGUAGAUUUUUUUUAAGUGUACACAAAAGCAGAAAAGAUUAACAGAGCACAUUAGGUUAAGAAUUCUACCAGAACAGGCCGACAACGUGAACCUGUCAAAACCGAGCCAGUGACAAGUUGUUUUGUGAUCUCAGCCUCAACAGUUCCUGCACCAGCCUUACAUACUGUCCUACAAUGUCUCACUGUGUGUGUCUCAAGAAGCAUAAGAGAAUCAGUUUGUAGAUAGAAAGCCUGUUCGUAGCUCAGACUGUUUUCCAGUGCAGGAACUCUGGAGCACUGUGGGAUAUGUACACUACAGAAGAAUGGUACUUACAGGGCAUUUCAACUAGCUGGAAGGAGAAAAUGAUUGUGGUUUAUUAUACAGUACACCACCCACAUGUUUUUUCAUCACAUUUUUUGUUUUGACCAUUAAUUUCAUUGUAUUAAUGCCACUAGUGUCCACAAAAAUAGUUGCUGUCACGGAAUGGAAUUAUUUGUUUGAAAUCAUUUUCCAUCUUUCUUUUCAAAUUUUUCCAAUGUUGCAUGUGGACGACUGCUUCUCCAGUGAAGGUUUAAGUUCAGUCACCACUAUUAGAAGGCUAGAGACUUUUUAUGAAACAAAACACUAAAAAAAAAUAGGAUGGCAGGAAGCAUGUGGUGUCAUUUGUCUGUGUCUAGUGGCUGUGAACAAGUGUGCCUGAAAAACUUUGCUAGACUUUUCUACACAUUGAUGCUUCCUCCACUAGAUUUGCUGUGUGAUGGAAUAGUUGUUUUUUUUUUUUUUUUUUAAAUUCAGGAAGCCUUCACCAGUUCAGACAGCCAAGUGCCCCACAUGUCUGGCAACCAAACAAUUUUAUUAUCUUUUUUUUUUUUUAAAGCUAAUGAUUGUGAAGUUAUCAUUCUCUACUUCAGGAGCAACCUAGGCACACAAAUUUACUCGAUCUUACUUUGAGCAAGCUCUGGCAUUUGACCACGUGGUUUCACUUUUUAAUUUGACCCUAACCUAAUGUGAAAACCAUUUGUUUGGCCAAAUAAUGAUUUAGAAGAUUUUUAUUUUCUGUGAAGCUUGUAUGAUAAAUUUGGCAGAUGUGAAGGCAAAUGAAUGUAUAUCUUUGUACAAAACCAUUUAGUUCAGAAGACAUGUUAGUUAUGACAGUCAAAUGCAAGAAAAAAACAUAGCCUUUUAUAAAUCUUUUUGUAUUAGAACAUUAACAGUGGUAAUUUUUGUAUAUACGAAGGUUAGGCUUUCUGAUUAGCAGAAAGGUAAAACAUUCCUACAUUUUUUUUAAAUGUAUGUCCAUUGAGAAUAAUUAUGUAAGCAUAUGCGCAAUGUUUUAUGUGCCUUUUAUUUGGGUUUGUCUAAAUAAAAGAAAACAGUAAAACAUGAUUGUGGACUGUCCAUGCUGAGUUCCACAGAGGAAAUUCAAUACUGUCCAUCUCAGCUGAAUCUCUGGACUGGCCCACCUGCUCGUGAGACACUCCCUUAGAUUGGGAGAAAUGUAUUCCUUUCUCGUUUUAGUUUUCCUUAGCGUUAGUUGAGGUAUCUGUGAGGCUGAGAUGGUUGCUGAAGUCCCCAGUCUGUUUGGAUGUUUCCUCAGUGUCUUCACUGGCUCACUGGCUCACAGUUGGCCUGCUCACAAUGUAAGUGCCUCUGUGACUUAGCUUAUCGGAGUGGAUUGUGGGGGAUUUUGUGCCAAAUCAUAGUCUGUAUGUGAGGACAAAACAUUUUUGUUUUGUUUUUUUGUUUUUAUUUUUAUUCUCAUUCUUUAACUAUUAAACUUGGAAAAUGUGA